AAUCACAUAUGAUUAAGCAUCGACAUCGGUGAUGUUUGCAACUGCCGAUCAUACAUUAUCUUCUUAAUCGGCAUGGGAAGACGUACAGUAAAACGAUACACUACUUCUGUACCGAAAAAUUGCUCGACAAGUACCUAUUGGAGAAAAUCUAAAAAAAGUGCAUUCUAUUACACCACCGAUUGCGGAGACAACAAAGAGGACUUAGAAUUGAAUAUUCAACACCGUUCUGUAUCGCUGACAGCGCUCAAUACCAGUUCUCAACAAUUACUAGCACCUAGAAUGGCUCAGCUGGAAACAUUGGAGGCGAAGAUGGCAAGCAUAGAAGUAUCAUUAUCAACAACACCAAGAAGGAAAAAGGGGGGAAGUAUAUCCAGGGGAAUAACUACCCCUCAGGCUGAUCACAGACAUAAGAAUCAGUAUAAAGAGAUCGAUGCUUUACGAGUCGCCCUGCGGGACAAAGAGAACAUCAUUCAAACGCUCAAGGGUCAAUUAUGUGAUACAUUGAGCAAUCGUCUGGCUAUUCGGAAUACAGCAGCACCACUUACAGACGCAGAUAAAAAAGCGACUGAACAGAAACUCGACACGUUAAGUCGUGAUACGAACAAGAAGCGGUUGGCGAUAAGAAACCUCAAACUCGCGUUGGAGCGUUUGGAUAUUAUAGAGAUUUACAUAAUAAUGACAUAA